AUGAAGAUCUUCCUGAGUACUUGUCUCUUCUUGGCCAUCCUUUCUGAAGGUGAGUAGGAAGCUGCAAUCUUGAAUUGCUUUUUCAAAUGGAGGGGGGGGAUAUGCAGUGGGCUAGAGAAGGCAAACUGAUAUUGGCUCUAGGAAGGAUAAAUGAAGCUAAAACUAUUAGAAUAGUGGGAAUCUGGACUCCAAAUUUUGAAAGACAGCUUUGUGGAGUGUAAUUCUGUUUCAUGAGGUUGGCUUUCUUCACAUACAACAUGUGUGCUGCCUGUGAAAGUAUGCAAUGAGACUGCUAAAAUCCCAUUGUGCACCUCAUUGUGUGUUGUGGGGGAGGACAUCCCUGCUUUAAUGUAUGCAUUCAUAAUAGUAAAAUGGAUGAAGACUGUGUGUCUACAUCUUUGUGUCUGGAGAUGUUCCUGUGUGUGAGAUAUGUGUCAGUGUGCAUACCUACAUCAACCCACCACUACAUGUGGAUCCUGAGACCAAUAAGGUUGCUCAUGUCCGGCUUGGAAGAUUGUAUCCAGGUGGGAAUGUAGAUUCCAUUUCUCAAUGCCUGAGGAACUGAUGUAUUUGGUGCUGAAUAUUUCUUUUGUCUCUGCAGUGACAGCUGAGACAUGUAAAGUAAAGAAACUAAAUGACAGUGAUUCAAAAGGCACCUGUGAAACUUCCGAAGGUGGCAGUUGCUUUUUUCGUGUUAUUGGCAGAAGAUUUAGUGAGUAUAAAUCCUUUCUGUCAGAUUAAACCUGAGUGUGUGGGUCCAUCAUUUGGACCCUGGCAUAUCCGGGGGGGGGGGGGGGACAGAAUGCGGAUCUCACCCAGUGUUGAGAAAUUCCCCCCCCCAACAAUUAAUUAAAUAUUAGUAGAAUUAAAACUAUAUAAAAUAUGUGUAAAAUGUAUCAAUGAUUGAAAUAAAAGUGGUAUCAACCUUUUCAAUAAAAACAGUAAUUCCUCAAAAGCCUGUUGGGACUAGGUCUUCACCUGCCAGGAGUAGGACAAGAAAGGAGGCUAUCUAGCUUCUCCUGGGAGGGAUUUCCAGUGUUGGGAAGCAGGCAGUGAGAUGGCUCUUUUCCAUGUCAAUAACUAAUAAAGUGUGUAGCCUCCUCCACACCUUUCCAUAGGGCAGUCUCUUAGCCUUGGAGAACCACUGGCAACCUUCUUCUGAGCUUUGCCACCUGAUUACUGUUAAGACAUUAUGCAUGAAUAUUUAGGCCUCAUCUUUCUCUGGCUUUUGCCUUACAGCUCCAUCACCAACUGGUUUUCCCAAUGGCCAAAUCCUAAGUAACAAUACCUCACUGGCAGGUCACUCUCCACUCAUUAGUACCCAACAUAAUCAGAGUCUACUCUUUGUGGGUUCAAACACAAGUGAUGCAGUGGUCAAGUGUGUAGCCAGUGAUGAAUACAAGAAGACAUGUGUUCAACCAAUGAUCAACCAGUCCUCCUGUUGGUUGAAAGACAGUUGGGAAUGACCAACAUUAGAGUUCACCUAUGGCAACAUCUAGCAAACCCCAAGAAGCUACUGGUAAGGGUUGCUCUUUUCCCUGAUCCCCUGAGCUGGGUGUAGGGACAAAGAUUGCAGUCUUUCCAGAUGGCAUGAUGUUUUGGGGGAAAGGGGCUUCCAAUCCCAUUGUUGGGAAAAUUGAAAGGGUUCAUAGACUGGAGGUAUGUCUCCCAGAAAACCAUAGGUCCUAGGCUCAAAAGAAUAUGGAAUAAUCCAAAUGAUACAGUUCCAUGAAAUUAAUAUUUUCCCAAUCGUUCCCCCAUUUUUUUUUUAUUUUUUUUUGGAAAGGAAUGAUUCCAUAUUCAUUUUAAGGCAGAAUAUUUUAUACUCACACAGGUGGAAGUACAUACACUACAUAACAAAUGCCAAUCAAUAUGGGGGAAAUACUCAGACUCACUCCCCACAUAUCCAGUAGUGACAUCUCAAUAUUUUCCAGCUUGCAGCAACCAUAUGAUGGUUGGACAACAUGGAAUGACUGUGCUACUUAUGCCACCCUGAAAAGUAUUUUAUGGGACCUAUGUUUGAUUUAUGGGUGGUGUUUGCAGUGAUUUUAUUAAACUCACAAUUUAAGAUUUUAUUUGGGAUGAACCCAGGGGCAUAACUUGCACACUGUACACAAUUUACCCUUCCUUGACUAAUGUAAUUAGCAAAACCAAGAAAUUACCUUGUGUUAUGUGGCAUCUAUUGACAAACCCAGCAUAACGCACAACAAUAUUCAAUAUUUAACAUUUUCUCCCUUUUCACACUCUUGUGGCCUAUGAGACACCUGAACAUGCUUAUGAACCAAGAGCAGGAAUAACAUUUAGGUUGACAUAAACAUCACUAGGACUAAAUUAACAACAGCAUUUUCUUUAUUUUUUCCCUUUGGGGGAGAAAACUGCAAUCACUAAGGAAUAGAAAUCUUUUUAGUUAUAAAGUAUAAAAAAAAUCAUGAAACAGCCAGGAACAGAGCCAAGAGGAGCUGAAUGUUUGGCUCUCCUAUUUCCUAAAAGCAAAAUAUUUUCAUUUUAAGAUAUAGAAAAAGGGAAUAAAUGAGGAACCAAAGUAUGUAUAGAAAAAUCCACAGAAAUAAGAAAAUUAAUCUCCCCCCACAUUUUGGCACACAGAAUGGUACAGUAUCAUAAACAAUUCUCCAGGCUUGGUGUAGGCAUGAAUAGAAGUGAUGACCUCAGGAAUUUGGGCACCUUGAAGAGUCAGAUACCACAACAUAACCAGACAUGAAUUUAUCAUGGUCAUUUCUUUUACAAAAGUCAUCAAUAUACAGAAUCGAGUUGAAGAAAGGAACAUCAUUAAGAUAUGGAUGAGGUGUGACACUGAAUCGGAACCUUGUUUGCUACUUUUACAGGAGCUAUUAAUCUAUAAAUCAAAUCAGGUUCAGGGUAAAAACAAGAAAAGGAAAAUGAACUAAAUUUCGUGGGGGGGGGGGAGUUGCAAGAAUUGGCUGAUCCAGCAAACAGUGGUUACAGUAGUAAAAGCUAACAAAAAAUUAAAUUAAUUUUUAUUAGUUUUCAGAAUUUUAACAAAUCAAUCCAGAUCAUUUAAAUUUAAUGCAUUUUUUUUUUUACAAAAAAGGUUUCCUGCUCCUUUCACAAACAUAUGUCCAUUGCUUCCUGAUAUUGCCACAUUCAUUCUUCUCUUUUAAUCACCUCCUUCUAUUAGUCGUAAUCCAUUUCCCUAGCUAACAUUCUUGGUUUUUUUUACACACAGCACCAUUGAUAUUUCCCAAACAUAUAAAAUAACCAUCUCACAUGUGCAGCCUUUUCAGAAGUCUGUUCACAGACUUAGAGUGGAGAGAGAUUAAUUGCCAACUUUCUCAGUCCAUUCCAUUCCUUUGAAAACAUCCCUUCCGUUUUUCAAGGACGUUCCAAGUUAUAAAUAACUCCCGAAAAGAUGCCUUCUCUGCCAUUAAAAUCCUGGGGAUUGUUUUCCACAGCUCGCAGUUAAAAAUCAAAAUCAUAUUUAUAAACUCCUGGGAAGUCUAAUUACCGUACUUUUCUCUCUAUAACACGCAGAUUUUUUCUCUUAAAAAGUAAGGGGAAAUGUCUGUGCGUGUUAUUGAGCGAAUGUGUGUUCCCUUGAGCCAACUGGCCUGAGUGCAGGGGCAAAAAUCAGACAAAAAUCUGAUCACGCGUGCGUCAGGGAGGAGGGACGCCUGAAGAGAGGAAGCUGUUGCUUUCCUGCAUUCUGCCUCAGUGUCUUAAUGCCCACCCCCUUCUGUUUUGGUUGCUGUUUGCUCAAAUGGAACAAAGAGCAGGGAAAUCCCCUCCCCUCCAGGCAAGCAGAGGGGAACAGAAAGGAUCGCGUCCUUCCUUCUAAUUCCUCUCUGUGCUCCGGUGCUGCUGUGUCCAGGGAAGCAUUUUAGGGACUCGCAAGCAGCUGGAAAACAUGCAGGUGGGAGAGAGAGAGAGAGAGAGGGAUGGCUUGGGUGGUUGGGUGGGGGAAAAUGUUUGCCUUCCUUUCCUCCCUCCUGUUAAAUCCCUCUCCUGCAUUCUUAGCCAGCUGCUUCUCUGCACACCCCUCUCGUGCUCCUUGUCCCUUCUGUGUUUUUCCUUCCCUCCCCACUUAAAACGUGGUUACAAAGCAUGGAUCCACAUGGAUCCUCAGGAUCUUUGCAUUGGGUCACCCCAAAUUCACCAUCAGAUCACAUUACAUGUCCAUGGCUACAGCCUGCACCAAAAAAAUCACCCACCCACUGUUACCUGGGGCUGCAAUGGUGCAAAAACGUGGUUACAAAGCAUGGAUCCACAUGGAUCCUCAGGAUCUUUGCAUUGGGUCACCCCAAAUUCACCAUCAGAUCACAUGUCUGUGGCCACAGCAUGAGGCACAAAAAUGAUACACCCACUGUUUCAUUCAGAAUCCCCCCCCCCUUGUUUUCCUCCUCUAAAAACGAUGUGUGUGUUAUGGUCAGGUGCGUGUUAUAGAGCGAAAAAUACAGUAGCAGUCCUUAGGAAACCACUCUCUCAUCCACUCUUUCUUCAUCCAGUUCAAAGAAACUGUAUAUAAAAUCCAUUCCUCUUCAGUCGAGAGAGGAAGAUAUAUAUAUAUAUAUAUAUUGUAAAACUCUUAAUUGGGCAUAAAUCAUUGGUCCUCUCUGUUCCUCCAGAUAACAGAUAACCUCUAAAUGUCUGCACAUUAUUCUUUCGUGUUGCAGGAAAGGUCAACGGGGGGGGGGGGAGCCAUUUAGAAACCUUCAGAGUAAACAUUGCUUUGCCUCCCCUCCCAUUCUGGCUAUUGUAAGUCUUUUUGCGCUUGUUGAAAAUCUUUAAGAUAACUUCAGGGCUCAAGUCCAGUCCUUUUGGCAGCUGAUUAGUUGCAGCCCUUUACCAUAUGCCAUUACAGGAGUGCCCCAUAAUUAAUGCAAUAUUCCAAAUUCUUGAGGAACUGAUCACAGAUCAUGCCAGAAAUGGAGGUUUGUCCAUGGCAGGGACACAUUUCCCAGGCUGCACCCGCACUGCCUUUCAAGCUGGGAGAUAUGAGUUUAAGUGACACCGUGGGAUACCGUGCACUCCCCAGACCCCUGGGAAGCAUUGCCAGGAAUUUUACCUCAUAAAUCCUGGCUUUCCCCUGUCCAGGCAGCUACCCUGCCCUGGAGGGCAGAAGAGCUCAACCACCAUGACCAUGAUGUCAGGCCGGAAACCAAAACCUAAUUAGUUUUAAUUAGUUUUGCCUUUUGUAAUUUUUAAAUCAUUUUUAUUGAAAGUUUUCAGCAUAAAAUACAAUAAAAGCCAAGCUAAUCUAAAGAAAAAGGAAGCAUAAAAGCAAGAAUAAGAAAGGGAUAAAAUAAAGAAGUGAAGGAACAAGAAAUGAAGAAGAAAUACAAAGCUCUCUAUCACAGUUAUCAGAUGCCUGACAUUUCAAACGAGUUUCUUAGAAUGGAGGCUUUCCUCCCAGAAACCUAAAAGGAAAGGAUGUAGGCGCCAAGUGAAAAGAUAGGCCUGUAAUGAAAUGCAAAUCUGCAUAGGCACAGCCUCAAAAAUAAGGAGGAGACUGUAAAGAACCACAUCCAAAUCAAUGUUGGGUUUUUUUAUACACUUCUAGAUUACACGUGAUUUCAUUUCACCAAUCAAAGGAUCAAAGGAAUCUUAAUAGUUGAAACCAAUUCUCUUUCUGUGCAUACAAUGGCCACAAUAGAUUCUAACAAGUUGUCCUUUUCACUGUUAUGGAAAGCACAUUUGCUACAUACCAUACCCCAAAGUAGCUAGUUCUGUACUCUAAAAGGCAGGCUGAUUGGCUCCCUUGUUCUUUUGAGUUUCUCCUUGCACAGGAAUGUCUGCAAGAAACCCAUCAGACAACCAAACCAAACCCAUCCACAGUCAUGCUGGGCUGCAAACUGCACUCCUGGAAAGGAGGGAUGGAAUGGAGAUUCUCAAACCAAUCAGGAAGAAUCUACCCGAUCCAGGCCAGCCCACCUCUUGUCAAAUAGGCCUGUAAUAUAUAGAAGCAGCACAAAACUCCAGACCCUUUUGGUUACAAUCUGACAGCAGCUGAACCUACAAAAAUAUUUUUCAUGAAAAAGGAAAACUUAUUCAGACAUUUCCCCAUAGAAAGAUGCAUGGAAAAAGAUUUAUUCCCUUGAGAUAUGCAGUCAGAAGUUAGAUUAAGAGAAGGAGAAAAUUAGAGGAAAGAGAAAACUGUAUUCUCCACUCUCUAAGAACUAUCCUGGAAUAUUCACAUGGUUUGGCAGAGUAAUUUAUACUGAUUCAGGAAGAAACAACUUUAACGAUUAGCUUGCUUAAUUCAGUACUUGCCAGAUUCUUUUUCUUUAUUCACCCAUUUGCACAACGUAUGUUUAUAAGGGAGCAUCGAAAAAAAAUCAUUCAGGAGAGUAAUGAUUUGAAUUUUAGCUGAUCUAGGUAUUCCAAUUAUCUCUCACAGAUGGCUCUGCAAAGCUUGAAACUGAAAUGGGAUGUACUACAGAUUGCACCUCAGGGAACUACAUUUUCACUUCAGGAAAAGAUCAUUUCUUGCGGGAUAUCAGGUUCUGCUGUCAUGCUAAAGACUGCUACAAGAAAUUUUUUCAAUGUAAGUAUAUGCGUGUUUGUCUAUAUCCUCAAGCAUAAAUAGUAUUGAGGCUUUAAGGGUUUUCCUUGGUUGCCGUUGGAGAUCUUUGAUGAAGCCCAAGAUAGAUCACAGCUUCCCUGUAGCUGGUUAGAGGACACCAAAGGUGGUCCCCAUGAUACCUCAUAGUAAGGAAAAAUGUAAAGGUAAAGUACCCCUAGACAGUUAAGUCCAGUUGAAAUUAACUAUGUAGUGCAGCACUCACCUCACUUUUUUAGGCCGAGGGAGCUGACAUUUGUCUGCAACAGCUUUCCAGAUCAUGUGGCCAGCAUGACUAAACUGCUUCUGGUGCAAUGAGACACUUUGAUGGAAGCCUGUAAAGGUGGUGUUUCCCCUUCGCAGUAACAUUCCAGCACAGUCAGCUUCGUAUUUACAGUCUUUAUUACAUAUAUACAAGAAAUAGCUACAGUUCAGAAUAACACUUCCAAACCCGUUGAGUCAGAUUUGGGGAGUGGCUUCCUAUGAUUCCCAUGCCAACAAAGUAGGUGUGGGAAUUGCGUGAGACAUCUUUGAUCCUUGUUUCAUUUCCCUCCUUGUCUGUGCUGAUUUGAAAGCCCCCUCCCUUCCUGAGUCUGAGCUUCCUUCCGAAGCCUCUGGGUGCUUGCAGGGCGCUUCAGCAUCCCUGAGCCCCUGCUCUCCCUGGCGACUCUCCACCCCCUCUUCUGCUACCUCUGUCUCUGGGUGGUUGCAGGGCUCUUCAGCAUCCCCGAGCCCCUGUUCUGCCUCUUCUGUCCUUUGCUCCUCCAAAUCCUUCUUGACAUAAUCCUCCAUCUCUAAGCCCUCCCCAAUCCCCUUCCUCCUCUCUGUCUGCAGGGGGGAGGUCCAAAUCUUCCGGUAGCUCUAUCUCUUUGUCACUGUCCAAACUACUCUCUGGCUCUGCCCAAUUCCUAGGUUUGGGCUUGUGGGGGUGUCUCCUAUGAAACUCCCUCUGCAAUCGUGGCACAUGGACAUGCUCCAACAGUUCCCAGGAGUUCUCGGCUGAUGAAAAGCCUUUCCAAGCUACAAGGUAUUGUAGUUUCCUCCUGUGCCAUCUGGAAUCUAAGAUUUCCUGAACUUCGUACUCCUCUCCUUCUACCAGUGUAGGAGGGGGAGGAUGUUCUGUCCUCUCCCCCUGGUACCAGAGUGCUGGAAUAAAUGGAGACAGCAAAGCCCUGUGGAAUACUGGGUGUAUCCUCAUUGUCUCUGGCAACCAGAGCCUAAAGGACACCUGCACCACCUCAAAUGGCCCCAGCCUUCUUGGCUCUAGCUUCUUGCACCUCCCUUUGAAUGGCAACCCCUUUGAGGACAACCACACCUUGUCUCCUACCUGGAUUUUCUCUCCCUCCUGCCUAUGUGCGUCUGAGGUCCUUUUGUAAGCUGCCUUCGAUGUUUCCAGGUUUUCUUUCAUUAUCUUAUGCAAGUACUCCAUUUCCUCCACAAACUCCUCAGCUGCUGGUACUGACAGCACCUCUUCCCUACCCAGAAAGGCCCUGGGAUGCACAUCCUAGUUCGCCACAAAAGGUGCCAUGUCCAUGGAUGUGUGCACUGCGUUGUUGUCCGCAAACUCGGCCAGGUUCAACUUCUCUACCCAAUCGUCUUGCUGGUAGCAUGUGUAGCACCUCAAGUAUUGUUGCAAGGUGGCAUUGGUCCUCUCUGACCUCCACCCCUAACAACUGCAUUAACUUCCUCCAGAAAUGCAAAGAAAACUGACUUCCGCGAUCCGUGAUUAGCCUUAAUGGCAUACAGUGCAACUUAAACACAUGAUCCACGAACGACCCUGCUGUCUCCUGUGCGGAAGGUAUCUUAGAGCAAGGUACAAAAUGUGCCAUCUUUUUCAGCACAUCUACCACCACCCAAAUAACUAUUUUUUUCUGUGACACUGGCAGGUCGGUAAUAAAAUCCAUGGACACCACUUCCCACAGUUUACUUGGGGUGGGUAACAGUUGUAACAGCCCAGCUGGGGCUGUCCUUUGCCCUUUGGCUCUCUGACAGACUUUGCACCCCCUCGUGUAUUCUGCGGUAUCCUCCUUAAUCUUGGGCCACCAGAAUUCCCUAGUGACUAGGUAUAUGGUCUUGCUGUGACCAAAAUGCCCUGCAGUGGGGCUAUCAUGAUGCUGCCUGAGAACUUUGGCUCGUAGCUCAUCUCCUGGUAUAUACUGCGCCCCCUUGUAAUAGAGAAAGCCUCCUCUCUCUUUGAAACCACCUUCUCUACUUCUCCAUUGGCUCAGUUCAGCUAACUUCUUCCUUGCAUACCCAUCAUCAGCAGUUAACGUCUGUAGCUCCCUAUCAUUUACUACCGUUGCUGCACACUGCCACUGCUCUGAUUCAAACGUGUGCUUUACUGUUGGAGGCGACUGCUCCUCCAAAUACUCCGGCUUUCUCAACAGCACAUGUGCCCGAGCAUUUUGCUCUUCUGGCACAUACUCUAGCUUAAAAUUGAACCCAGCAAAGAAUUCUGCCCACCUGAUUUGCCUUUGGUUUAACUGCCGAGCUGUUUUCCAGUAUUCCAGAUUCUUAUGGUCUGUGUGAACCUUUAACUGCCAUUGCACACCUGCCAAAAAUGCUUCCAAUUUUUGAGCGCUUCAACUAUCGCUAACAGUUUGCGGUCCCAAAUCAUGCAAUUCUGUUCAAAGCGGUUUAACUUCCUAGAGUGAAAGGUGCAUGGUCUCCAGUUUCCUUCCCUAUCCUGCUGCAGUAACAGCGCCCCUAUGGCCUGAUUUGAUGCAUCUGUUUCUAUUCUCCCUGACAAAGCCAGAAGGCAUGGAAAAACUGUUUACCUAGAAAUAACUCCACUUCUGGAACACCAGCUACAUUGUGGCAUCCUGGCCCUUCUAAUAUGGUGUUGGUACAGUUUUUUCUGAGGGGAUGCAGGGGUACACAUACUUAAGCAAGUGUUAAGAAACUUAAUACAUGAAGAUCAGACAGGAGUUCUUCCAACAAGAGAAUUAAAAGAUAAAGGUAGAAUUGUAUGGAAUGCUAUUUGAAAAAGAAAAAGUGAUUAGCAAUUAGCUAUGGUUUUAGAUGCAGAGAAAGCAUUUGAUAAUAUUUCUUGAUGUUUUAGGGGGAAAUUACUGGUUAUAAUGUGGUUUGGGGAUAGAUUUGUGAGAGGAAUAAAGGCAUUAUAUAUAAGGAGCAAUUUGCAAACAUAAUAGUAUCUAUCAGAAAAAUGCAUUAUUGUUAAGGGAACAAAACAAGGUUGCUUUCAAUGUUAAUGCUUAUUAUAGGGUAAGAAGUGGUGUGUAGGGAUAUUAGAGAAAAUAAUGAUAUAUGAAGCCUCCAAGUGGGCCUUCAAACUUACAAACUGAGGGCAUUUGCAGUUGUGGUAUUGUUCCUGGAAAACCUGAUGGAAAGUGUGGUUAAGGUAUUGGAUGUAAUAAAGCAGUUUGGUAAUUUAGCAGGAAUUUUAUAUAACUAAGAAUAAGACUAAAAUGUUAACAAAAAAUAUAAACCGGCAAGGUAAAGAGAAGCUGUAAGAAAUAACUAUAUUAAGAUAGAAAAGAAGGUGAUAUAUUUGGAUAUCUGGAUAACAAAUAUGAAUGCAAAUCUGUUUCAAAAUUAUUCCCUGAAUGUGUGGAGUAAGAUUAAACAAGAAAUAGGAAGAUGGAGUAGAAUGAAACUUUCUCUUUUGGGAAGAAUCUGUUGGGAUACUGCCAGGGAGACAAAGUCCAUCAUGGCCCCCAAGCCGUGACAAACACACACGGAUCAGCUUUGCCCUGGUGAAAACCUAGAGAAAGCAAUGUCUCAGUGAGUUUUGUGUUCCAACACCUGGCACUCUGCUUGAGACCAUAUAAGGAUUUCUGCAGUUUACAGACCAUUCCCUUCUGUAUCUGCAUUCCAUCAGGUGGAAGCAUAAACAGCUCCUCCCCCAAAAUUCCGUACAAAAAAAGCUGUAUUAAUGUCAUGAUGGGAAACAUGCAGUUUCUCCUCCGCAGCGAUCUUGAGCAUCAGCCGAAUGCUCUCAUAUUUGACUGUGGGAGAGCAGGUCUCGUGGUAAUCCUGUCCUGGUACCUCUGGCAACCAAUCUGGUACACCAAACCUCUGGCAACCAAUCUGGCUUUGUGUCUAACUACCUUGCCAUUCUGGUCUGUCUUGGCCUUGAAGACCCAUUUGCUGCCAACCAGUCUCAUUCCUGGGACUACCGGUACCAACUCCCAAGUUUGGUUCCUAUUCAAGGAAUCAACUUCAGCCUUCAUGGCAUUUAGCCAAGGCUCAGCAUCUUUAGAGGUUAACUCCUGAACCUCUUUGAAGCUUGAAGGUUCCCACACCUUCUCUGAGCUACUAAGAACAGCAGUUGCUGUCUUAGCAAACUCAUCAGCAAAUCUCUUUGGAGGUCUGCCUUUGGUCGCCCUUUCAGAUCUGCGUACUAGACGCAAGUCUCCUGGACUCAUCUCCUCCUUCUUAGGAGAAAAGUGACCAAUGGUGAACAGUGGUUCUUCCAGUUCAUUGUCAAACAUAUCAGAUGGUCUGACUGAGGCCUUUGCGCUCUUGUAGUCUGCUGUGUCAUCACUGUCGCUGACACCAGCAGCAGCGCCGCCCACUGAACUGGAAUCCGAACUCUGAUCAUCAUCAUCAUCCUCAGCUUCCUCAGCUUCCUCAACAUUAUCUGCUUUCUUCACAUCACCUUCAUCCUCCUCUGGGUAACUCUGGAAAAUUCCCACAUUUCCCCCCCACUUAGGAUUGUACUCAACACUCUUUGUGAACUUAAUGGACUUAGAGUCAGUCAUCCAUACCCUGUAUGCACCUUUUUCGUACCCCAUGAACAAACCAUGUGCUUCCCAAGCUUGUUGCUCUGUGGGGUGUGUACCCACAUGUCAGAACCAAAGAUUCUCAUGUGCUUGAUGUUGGGUUUCUUACCAAACAUCUUCUCAUAGGGGGUACAACCAAUAGGUGAUGACAAUCUGCGAUUAAAAGUGUAAACAAAAGUCGACAGAGCCUCCCCCCAAUACUUAUCAGGGAAAUUGGCAUCAUGAAACAAUGUUUUCAUUCCUUGCAGCAACGUUUGAUUUGCUUGCUCCGCAAGUCCAUUCAUCCAUGGCGAUCUGGUCUUUGACAAAUCAUGCUGGAUUCCCUUCUCAGUCAGUAAAGCUUCAAACUGCUGAGAAGUGAAUUCCCCACCCUGAUCAGUAAAGAGACAGCUGAUACGUUUACUGUGAACAUUCUCCAACCAAACACAGAAUGCCUUGAACCUAGGAAACGCUUGCAAUUUCUGCUCAAGCAUAAACACAUGAAUGUACCUGGAAAAAGAAUCAAUUAGAACCAUGAAGUACCUUGCUCCUCCCACAGAGGGCGCAAGCGGACCAACCAGGUCUGCGUGGACUAGCUGGUAGGGUUUGGAAGCCUGCCUGCUAGACUCCUUGCCUUUUGGAGCAACCUUCACCUUGUUCUCUGCACAAGAUACACAUUUCAUGUGAAACUUACAGGGUUUGAUGUUCAAACCCUCAACCAACUUAGGCAUCUUGGCCAGCGCCUGCCAAGACAUGUGACAAAAUCUUCUGUGUGCAUCAUGAAUGCAUCCUGCAUGAAGAACUUUGUUAGUUUGUGCAACACACCAAGAAUCAACAUUAGACACAACAGCACCAUCGUCAUCAUAAGUUAUACAGAACAAUCCAUCUAUAAACUUUGCAUGCAAAAUGUCCUCUUUGCCUUUCCUGAUGACACAGACGCUCCUCUUGAAGGAAAUCUCAAAGCCAUGCCCAGUCAACUGUGAGACACUGAGCAAAAUGUCUGCAGCGCCUGGAACAUAUAGUACUUCUUUGAUGGUAGUGUGCAGACUUGCCAGUUUCACAGUCCCUUCUCCUGCAAUUUGUAACGUCUUUCCGUCAGCCAGGUGGAUCACACCUUCUUGAGGUUUGAAGGAGAUAAAGAGAUGCCAGUCUUUUGUUACAUGGCGGGUGCAUCCAGAAUCAAUAAUAAAUCGGGCCUUGGCUUUUGGAGCAGCUUUUCCAGCAAGCAAAACCUUGUUUUCCACCAGCGUGGGCUUUUGCUGCUUGCCCCCCUGCUCCUGGCCAUCAAACUUGCCUUUAGCCUUUGGUGAAGCUGUGCCAGAAAACAAAGCCUUUUUUUCCACUGGCGUGGGCUCUUCACCCCCCUUCUGCUUCAGGCCAUCUGCAGGCAUCUGCCUCUGUUUACCUCUGGCCUUCCGGCCUCUGCAAAGGCGAUGACCUUGGUUCUCACGAGAAACAGAGUUCUCAGCUGCCGACUCCUUGGCUCCCCCUGGAGGCUGGAAUGCUGCCUGGGAUGACAUCACAGUCAGCUCCCCCUGCAGCUUGCAACUGGUGCCCUCAGCAUCCCUGCAUUCACUCGCAUUCUGGGAAACAGCCAGGACCUCCGAUGCAGUCAAACUCUGGGCUGGGAUGAUUGGCAGAUGGGCUACUUUCAAAGCAUUCCACAUCUUACGUGCAGUUGCGUUGCCAGCUAACGUUUCUCUCCUCCAGAGAGACGGACAAGACUAUUACGACCAUGGCCUUCGAAUUUUCGGCCCUCCAUCUAUCUGUCAGAGGAACUGGGGGGGCUUCAGACACAGUAUGCCACACUCCAAACUGACGCAGCAAACUCUCACACCACACAGCCCAGCUCUCAUAAUUGUGCCCAUUUAACUUUGGGCACUCAGCAGCUUCUGAGGAGUGUAAAAGAUCCAUCUCAGCUAUUCACUUGAGCCAGGAGCCCUAUUCACUUCAGAGACUCCUUAUCUUGGCACCCAUAAAUCACGAAGCCUCUGGCGCAGCUCCCAGACCAAUUAGGCCAGCCGGACAUAAAAGAGACUUUGCCGCGGCAACGAAAAGCCUCACUUUUGCUUUUCCUCCACAUACCUCUCAGCAGUCUGUCGCAGUCUUACUCUCCUGUAAGUGCCGUGAAUCUGGGCCCAAAACCUGUUGUUGGGAUACUGCCAGGGAGACAAAGUCCAUCAUGGCCCCCAAGCUGUGUCCGGUCCAUCGAUCUCCCGUAGACACGCAGUAUCAGCAAUUAGCAACAUGAGCUCCAGAAAUAGCCUGCCACAUUCUAGAGCCGAUGCACGCUCUCUAUCAGCAGAUAAUGCACAGCAGAAGUUGCACGCAGGAGAGCAUUAUUUACAAGUUUUAUUCAGCGUUGAUCAGAGCAAAGAAAAACAUGACUGCCUGCUUCAGUGUCUCCAGACACACAGAGAGAAAACGAAAGACACAACAGAAACAUCCUGUGAAACAGGAAAUACGCAGACUCUGACUCACAAAGCCUGCUCCCUUUUAAGGUGGAACGGAAAUAUCCUAACAGAAUCUUGGUGAUAAAAAUGAAUAUUUUGCCUAAGAUGUCAUUUCUACUUCACACAAUUCUGGUAAUAAGUAACAUGGACUUCUUCAAGCAAUGGAAAAAAGAAUUAUCGAAAUUCAUCUGGCAGGGGGAAAGACCAAGGAUCAAAUUUAAAAUACUAACAGAUGUUAAGGAAAGAGAUAGAUUCUCAUUGCCAGAUUUAAAAUUAUAUUAUGAAGCAGCCUGUCUGAUUUGGUUAAAGGAAUGGAUAUCUUUACAGAAUACAAAUUUGUUAGAUUUGGAAGGAUAUGGAAAUCGGUAUGGGUGGUAUGUUCACCUGUGGUAUGAUAAGAUAAAGGCACAUUGAGAAUUUUUAAAUAAUUGUAUAAGGAGAAGUUUGUAUAAUGUGUGGACCUGAUAUCAAGACUUACAUGAAAGGAAAACAUAUUGUGUUUUUUAGGAAAUGCAGGUUUGGAAAAGUUAGAAGAAAAUGGAGAUGGGUGAUACCCAAGCUCACAUUUCUUCUGACUUUUCCAAUAUUUUCAAAUUAAUGCGUAUUUUUGAAAACAUGUAUUAAAAGGUCUUAUGGAUCGAAUUUCUGAUGUUGAAAAAGUUCUGCUUUAAGGAAAAGAAAAAAUGAUUUAAAAUGUAUGAAAUGUUACUAGAAUGGACAACAAAAGAUGAGCUGGUUAAAUCUGCAAUCAUGCAAUGGGCUAAAGAUCUAGCACAUAAUAUAGAAAUGGAUGCAUGGGAAAGGUUGGAAAAAAUUGAUAUGAAAUGUACUGCCUAUUAUACUCUCAAAGGAAAUUACAUGGAAAUAAUGUAUAAAUGGUAUUUAUCAAAUUGGCUAAUAGUUGUAAAUAAUUGUUGGAAGUAUAAAUGGGUACAUGGAACUUUCGUUUAUAAGUGGUUUAUAAGACAGUGAAGUUUUUUUUGGAAAAUGACAUAUGAUGAGAUAAAAAAGAUGUCUGAAGUGAUUAUAUACAAAAACAAAAUCUCCUGGAGAUUAUGGGGAAAGAAGUUCAAAAAAAUAAGAUUAAUUUGUUUCUGUAUGUAACACCAGGGGUUAGGAUUCUCUAUGCACAAAAAUGGAAGGAAGUAGAAGUUACCACCAAAGAAGAAUGGAUAAGUAAGGUGAUGGAUUAUGCAGAAUUGGCAAAUUAACAGGCAAAAUAAGAGAAUCUAAGAAUGAUUGCUUUGUGGAAGAAUGGAACCCCGUUUAAGACUAUUUAAGGAAUUAUUGUAGGAUGAACUCACGAGCAGGAUUUGAAACAUGAGCAGCAUAAGAAAUUAAAGAAUAAAGUAUUGAUGUGUUCGUAUAUACGAUAGAAGGUAUUGUGCAGCAGAGGGAAAGAAGUAAAAACACCAUGGAAAAUGGGGUGGGGAGUCUGAAAAAUUGAUUAUGCAUUGAUGCAUAGAUAUCAAUUUUUUGAAAAGGUAAUAAGAAAUUAUUACACUGCAACAAAAGGAAGGUAGGGAGGGUGGAGAAAUGGACCGAAACUGUGUGUUGAUUUUAGUGGUUGUUUUCCACAGUGCAACAACCUAAGUUAAAUGGGCAGGAGUGUCCGACCUGUUUUCCUUCUUUCUCAAAAGCCUGUAAGGGCUCAGAGACCAUCAAGUGUUAUGAUGAUCAGACCCAGUGCAUAGAGUUUGUUCUUGAUCAUGGUAAGUAGCACAGCCAGCCAAUGAGGUGGAAACAGGGUGGUGGGCUGCUCUCUUCCUCUGUUGGUGGCUUUCUGCCAGAAAAUACACUAUGUGUUGGUAGGGUGAAAUUAUCUUUUUCUGAAAAUAUAACUGCGUUAAAUUAUCUUUGUUCUGCAUAUAUAUAGAUGAGACACCAUAUUUUUGGGGUAGGGGUAAGAGAAAGGAAGCAAAAUAAUCUGUUUCUUUAAUCAUGUGUAAAACUGCCUUUCCACCAAUCUGGAAAGCAAUAUUGAUGAAGAUGGGUCCCUGUAACAUAAUAAAAAAUGGAUAUUUCUUUUUCUAAAUUUUAAACAUUGUGUCAAAUUGAUCUCAUGUAUGAUUCUGAGAUGCCUUCUAUACUUGCUCAAUACACUUCACAAAAAUUAAAAUGCUCCUAUUCUCUCUUCUGCACACAAACUCACCUGUUACUACCCAGGAACUCAUGUGAAAAUGUCUCUUUUUCUUUACUAGAUAACAGUACAAUUCCUGAAAAGGAUUUCCACGGCUGUGCAUCACCAACCUUUUGUGCAAUGGCCAAGAAUUCAAUGCAUUUUUAUGCCUUUUCAGGCACUAUAACCAAAGCACGAUGCAGUGAUACUCUGCCUCUCCUAGAGCAGCUGAACUUUGAAGGGUAG